UGUUUCCGGACCGCCAUUAAGAAGAAGAAGAAGAAGAAGAAGAAGAAGAAGAAGAAGAAGAAGCAGCAGCAGCAGUGUAGUAGUAAGCAGCAGCAGCUCAGACCGCUAUAAGAAGUGAAGAUGACGAUAGCCUACGAGAGGUUCAAUUUGCACACCAGCCCAGAGAAGUUCUACAUUGAGGCCUGUGAUGAUGGGGCCGACGCAGUCCUGGCCAUUGACAGGGUGUCCAAUGAGAUGACCCUGACUGGGAAGAAAGAUGUUCCUCCGUCAGCCAACACCAGACCCAUCUGUGGCAUCAUGGGGACCGUCCGCUUGGUGGCAGGGAUGUACCUGAUUGUCAUUACCAAGAAGAGGAAUGUGGGCAGCCUGCUGGGUCACGCUGUGUGGAAGGCAGUGGAUUUUGAUGUAAUUUCCUACAAAAAGACUGUGAUUCACCUCACUGAGGACCAGACGCAAGACAACAAAACAUUCCUGUCCAUGAUUAACAACGUGCUGACUACAGAUGGAUUCUACUUCUGCACUGACUAUGACCUGACCCACACCCUCCAGAGAUUGGCCAACGUCAGCCACGACUUCCAGGAGAUGAGCCUGCUGGAGAGGGCAGAUCAGAGGUUUGUGUGGAAUGGAAGCCUCCUGAGAGAGUUCCUUGCACAGCCAGAGCUCCACAAGUUUGCGAUCCCUGUCGUCCAUGGUUUCAUCGUGAUGAAGCCGUGCCGUGUCAACGGGAAGAUCUUCGAAUGGAUCCUCAUCUCCAGGAGGAGCUGCUUCAGGGCUGGGGUCAGGUACUACGUCAGAGGUAUUGAUUCUGAGGGCCACGCUGCUAACUUUGUGGAGACGGAGCAAAUAGUCCUGUACAAUGGAGGGAGGGCUUCAUUCGUACAGACACGAGGCUCCAUGCCCUUCUUCUGGUCUCAGAGGCCCAACCUGAAGUACAAGCCCAAGCCACUGAUCAGUAAGAACACCAAUCACAUGGAUGGUAUUCAGAGGCAUUUUGACUCCCAGGUCCUCAUCUAUGGAAAGCAAACCAUUCUGAACCUGGUCAACCAGAAGGGUUCAGAGAAGCCACUGGAACAAGCCUUUGCCAAGAUGGUGUCUGGCAUGGAGAACGGCAUGAUCAAGUACGUAGCAUUUGACUUCCACAAGGAGUGCAGCAGGAUGAGAUGGGAUCGUCUGAAUAUCCUGGUGGACAAUGUGGCUGAGACACAAGAUGAAUACAGCUACUUCCUGGUCGACACGGAGGGGAAGGUGUUGUCCCAGCAGAGGGGGACAUUCCGCAGUAACUGCAUGGACUGUCUGGACCGCACCAACGUCAUCCAGAGCAUGCUGGCCCGCCGUUCCAUACAGUCCCAGCUACAGAGGAUGGGUGUCCUGCAUGUGGCCCAGCGGAUUGAGGAACAGGCCGAUUUUGAGAAGAUCUACAAGAAUGCUUGGGCUGACAACGCCAAUGCAUGCGCCAAACAGUACGCUGGUACGGGAGCCUUGAAGACUGACUUCACCAGGACAGGGAAGAGGACCCAGAUGGGUCUGGUGAUGGACGGUGUGAACUCUGCCAUCCGUUACUACAAGAAUAACUUCUCGGACGGCUUCAGACAAGAUUCCAUUGAUUUGUUCCUUGGAAACUACGCUGUUGAUGAAACGGACAGACCAACUCCACUCCGCAUUCAAAAGGACUGGAAGUUCCUCACGCUUCCCAUCAUCAUGGUGGUAGCAUUCUCCAUGUGUAUCAUCUGCCUCCUCAUGGCUGGUGACACGUGGACUGAGACCCUGGCCUAUGUGUUGUUCUGGGGCACUGCUGCCACUGUCACCGCUGCUGUCAUCGUCUUCAACGGCCGGGACUUUGUGGACGCCCCCAAACUGGUGCAGAAAGAGAAGAUGGACUGAACGCGUGUGUGUGUGUGUGGGAAAACAGCUCGGCCCAGCGGACUCCUAAUACCUCUUCAUCUUCAUCCAACUCUUCUUCCUCCUGGCUGCUUGAGGCUCGGACACUGUACUGACCUGCUCUCUACACUAUCCUCCUAGGAUGCGCCCCAAAUGGCACCCUAUUCCCUAUAAAGUGCACUGGAAUAGGGUUCCAUUUGGCACAUCGCCCUAUGGUUUCUAUAGGGGUUUCUACUCUGACCCAGAACUCCUGUUUAUCAGGCAGCAUACCUACUGAAGCCGCUCUGAACUCUACAGUCUCCCAUCAGUCUCCUCCUUCACUUCCUUCCUAUCCCACAUUCCUUAGAUCAUGGUGUGUACUGACCUUCUUUUUUUGUUUUGUUAUGAUGUUUAAUUUCUCUGUUGGACAAGGGCUGGUGUACAGUCGGUCAACCUGGGGGAUGGUUUAACCACUUUGAAGGCACCACACAGUAAUGGCUAUUACAGAGGUCUCUCAAACGUUUUGAUGGCACUUUAGUGAAUUGCAGUGUAAUUCUUCAUUUUUCAUGAAAGCAACUUUUAAUAACAAGACAAUAUUCAAUAUUCUUGUUAAACAUUAAUGAAUGGUUUCUUUGGUUUAACUUUUCUGUUUACUGUAAUUCAAAUGCAAUGUAUUUUUAAACUACAGAGAAACUGUUGGCACUAUAACAUGCACUAUAAUGACUGGGGUACUUUGUUUGGAAAGAACAUGUUUUGGUUGUUCUCUUGAAUGUAAUAUGCCUUUGCUAUACUAGUUUAAAGAACACACGUGUGUGUAUAUAUCUAAACGAGCUAGUUAUCCUAGAGACGAAUGAUGUGGGGU